ACAUGGACCCUCACCCCACCUCCUCUCGGCUGUUCCGCUGUUAGCGUCGCUCAGUCCCGGGUGGUUCACGGUGUCCGUCCCGGUCCCGUGGCUCCUCCAGACGCCAUGUUCACCACCACCGGCUCCCAUGGCCUGUAUAUGGCUCCGCUGUCUAAAGGCCUCCUGCUGGUUCUCAAUGGGCUGACGGUGAUGCUCACCCUGCUGCCUCAGUUCCAGGAACUGUUUGCAUACAACAUCCAGGCUGUCGUGGAGCAGCACCAGGUUUGGAGGUUGCUGUGUGGCCGGCUCGUCUGUGUCGACCUGAAGGAUUCCUUUUGUACCAGCCUGCUCAUUUACAACUUCAGAAUCUUUGAGAGGAGGUUUGGCACCAGGAAGUUUGCUUCCUUCCUGUUUGGCACGUGGUGUUUGUCUGCACUGACGGACGUCUUGCUGGUGCAGGCUUUCCAGCUUCUAUUUGACUAUGAAGUCGAAGAACUGUCCACAGGACUGCUUGCUCCAGUCUUCGCUCUGUUUGUGCCUUUCUACCUGUCGAUCCCAAAGAUGCCAGUCACUCAGGUCCUGGGUCACAUUGACAUCACCAACAAGACUCUGAUCUACAUAGUGGGCUUGCAGCUGUUGACAUCCAGCCCAUUCAUGUGGCUUCUUGCUCUCAGCGGACUGAUCUCAGGCGGGCUCUACUACUCCAAUAUUCUCCAUUUACAAAAGAUCCUCUUCGUACCCGCUUGGAUGUCUCGUAUUGGACGGUAUAUUUUGGAGCCAGUCUUCUCAAGCUCCCAGCCAAUCGGCGAGACGCCUCCUGGGAUGGGGGCCACUCUGGACAUCCAGAGGCAGCAGAGGAUGGACAUGCUCGACCAGCAGCUGCUGCUGGCCCAGUACAAUGAGGCCAGGAGGAGCGUCACACAGCAGCCACAGGCUGGGUUGUUGCAGUGGACCGGGUUGUUUCCCUCCUUGAGACACCGAGGACAGAACAGACCCCCGAUGCAGCCGCAGCCUCAGGCCCAGACACAGCCGUCAACCCAGCCGCCGCUGCUGGACAACUUGCCUGUCGCAGAGGACCAGGUUGCACUCUUAGUGGAAAUGGGCUUUUCCAGGACUGAUGCCCUGGAGGCCCUCCGAGCUUCAAACAACGACAUCAACAUGGCAACCAACUUCCUCUUGCAGCACUGAGAGCGAGAACCAGCUCAAUGAGAAAAACAGAGGUGAAGGAGGACAGACUGAGAAAGCAGGAAGAGAAUCAACCGA